UUGCUGGAGGACUUUGAGGAAGAGAACGAGAAUGAAAACGAGAACGAAAUCGAAAUCUCUGACGAAAAUGAAGGGUUUGGCAGCGACUUGGAUGAAAAUAUAUUGCCCGUAGAUGAAGAAGAUGGAGACUUCUCCACUGACAAACGGCACGAUG